AUGGCCGACACACAAGGGAGCGCGCCGUCGGCGUCCGAGCCCGGCUGGGUCACCAUCACGGUGUCGCAUCGCAAACACAACUACACGUUUGAACUGGCAGACGACGCCACCGUCACCGACUUGUUCGAAGAGAUUGCCGCGGCGCUCGAUAUCCCCGUCGCCAACCAAAAGAUGCUCGUGCCCAAGGGCCCCCUGCUCAGAUCGCCGCUCAAGGAGCCCGACAUGCCGCUCGGCAGCCUGCAAGGAAAGACGCUGACGCUUCUAGGCUGCGGCGCCGCAGAAGUCCAAGCCGUGCAGAGCAUGUCCGAAAAGGUGGCCCAGCGAAACGCCGCACGCAUGGCGCAGAGGGCCAAGAUGAAGCGCGCCCAGCGGCCAAGUCAGCCCGGGUCCCAGGACGACGCCAAGUACACCUUUCUCCAGGUGAGGCCGCUCCAGGGCCUGCCUCAUCCCGAGACCAGCCAAAGGCUGCUGCUGCGGCUCACGGAGGACCCCGGCAUCAAGGCCGCCAUGAGGAAGCACAAGUUCACCGUGUCGCUGCUCACCGAGAUGGAGCCGCUGUCGCACACGCAGACAACGCACGAGGGCACCUCUCGGACGCUCGGCCUCAACCGCAACCAGGGCGAGGUGAUUGAGCUCCGCCUCCGGACCGACGCCCACGACGGUUAUCGUGACUACAAGACCAUCCGCAAGACGCUGUGCCACGAACUCGCCCACAACGUCCAUGGCCCCCACGAUCGGAAAUUCUGGGAUCUGUGCCAUCAGAUCGAGCGGGAGGUGCACGCCGCCGACUGGAAGUCUGGCGGCCGCACCAUUGGCGAGACGUCCAGGUAUACCGUUGCGGGACUGACGGGCCCGAACGAGGACGAGGACGAGGACGAGGACGCGGGCGGGUGGACGGGCGGCGAAUUCGUGCUCGGAGGCGUCAGGAACAUGGGCGCUGGCCUGAGCCGGCGUGAGAUUCUGGCCCAGGCUGCGCUGGACAGACAGAGGAGGGAGGACGGGGCCGAGCGGAAAGCCUGCGACGCGGCCGAGAAGGGGUGGCGGCCGUGUCAGAGGUCACAGCAGCCGAGCGAGAAGAGGCAAUGA